CGGGACCCCCUGCCCCGGGAUAGCUGGGGGGGCCGCGGGCGCGUCCCUCUGGCAGGUUGGCGCUUCGGGAGCUCUGGAGGCGCAGGCUUGCGUAACGCCGUGUUUUGACCGGAGCGGGCGCUGGGGGAAGGAGGCGAAGGACAAUGCCGCUGUGGCCGGCACCGCUGCCAGGGCUUGUGUCCCCCCCCCUUUCCCCACCGGCCCCGUACCCACUGACCCCCCCCUGCAGCUCCGCUCCCCGGAUAUGUGGUUGGAAAGCGUUCAUGGCUGCUGCCGUGCUUUGUGCCGACACACCGGGCUCCCCAACCGCUUCCCGUCUGCCAUCGCACGGAUCCAGGCGUAGCGUGAGCGGCGUGUCCCCACGGAGGGUUGUGUUGUUGUCUCUGGCGAGCACGGCUCAGGGAAGGCGACGUUGCCGGCGAUGAGCCAGGCUGUGAGCAGGGCAGGAGCUGGGCACUGGCACUUCUGCAGACAGGCUCCGGUAAAAUCCAGCUCGGUCCUGGUGGGGUGUGCUCAGUGGGAUGUGGCCCUCCGUGGUAGAAGACUAUGUUCAGUGCUGGCACGCAUGUUUUGCCCGGAGGCUUCAGGUGGAUUUCUGGGGAAAGAUCCUGGCCCAGGCACGCUGCACCCCCGGCCGUGGGGCUGGGGGGGUGGUGGGUGCCGAGAGGCUGUGUGCUGCAGCUGUGGGGCAGAGGAGUGGGAUUUUAGCCAAAUUGGAGGGAGGACCCGUCCCGCCAAGGAACCUGCAUUUCCCAGCUGAGCUCACGGAGGCAGUGGGAGCUCCGUGUCCCCCCAAAGCCAUUGCGGCCAGUGGCUGUGGUGUGCUGGGCGCUCCCGGGAGUGGCUGCGGAUUCGGGGCCCCCCCACCUCCCCACCCCGGCAGGUGGUUCUCCUUAGCACCGUCGGCAGCAGGCAGGGAAGCUGGCAGCGUUCCGACGGCUUGGCUGCUGCCUCGCCGGGCUUGUUUGGGGCCAAGUGACCUUUGCAGGUUCCUUCCAGCCCCUGCGGCGGUGCCCGGCCGGGGGCAGAGCGGGCAGCCUGCCUGCCCCCGAGGGUCCCAGCAGCUGGGGGUCAUGGCAGCUGGGGAGGUGGGUGACCAGGGAGUCCCGGUUCCCACCCUGCCAGUGUUUUGGGGGCUGGUGGCCACACAGCUGGGAGGAAGCCAGAGCUGCUGUGGGCAGUACCACGGUGGGAGCUCAGCCCCUUGCCGGGCAGGCAGGGCUGGCUCUGGCCACCCAGCAGCCUGGGUUCCCUCCUUUUUCUUUCUCUUUUUAAAUUUCCUUCCACCAUGAGGUCCGCGGGAGAUCCCUCCCCCUGUCAAGUCCUGGCAGCCUGCUGUAUUCUCCAUGGCUCCCACCACGCUCUCAGCCAGAGCCGGUUGACCUGCCCGGUUUGAGUGCUUGUUUGCUACUGCUCCCCAGUCCUCCUCUGCUCCCCAAGGGCCAUGCCGUGAUCCGUAGCUGCUUCAUCCUGCUGGGGCUGGCUGCCUCUUGGCACAGUGCUGGGGGAUUUUUUCCUGCUCUUGCCCAUCCCGCAGGACCACUGUGGCUCUUGGCAUGGCAUCCUUACACAUGCCAGAUUUUUGUGCUUUGAACCACGCUGCCUUUCUCUCUGAAGUUGGUGCUCAUGUUUUCUAGAGGGAGGUGAAUUUUCCUGGCAUGCCGGGGCUUCCCGGCAGUGAUACCGGUUCUCAGCCGUGACUGGCGGCAGGGGGAAUGCCAUCCCUGGGUGGGCAGCAAGUGCCAACGAGCUGCCAGCCCCUGUGCCAGGAGCCCGCUGGAUGCCCAGGUCAGGCUCCCUGCCUCCAGCCUGCCACAGGUAGAGGAGCCCGGUGGUUCGGCACAGCCAUGGAGAAGGCCUCGGCCACGUGUGGUGCCCCACGGUCCGGGCAGUCACCUGGCAGCCUCGCAAAGAUGCCUCUUCACAGCGCGAGAGCUGCGGCUCUCCUCACUUGGGUGAACAGCACAAAAGUUUGUCCUGAUCCCCUCGAUGAUCUGUCACAGCUCCAGGACUGCAGCAUCUUCAUCAGGAUCAUCAACAAAAUCCACAGGAGCGAGGAGGGGGAGUCUGUGCUGGAGCAGCCGCUGCCGGAGAGGAUCUCCUUCAUCCGUGGCUUCCUGCAGAAGCACUGCAAGCACAAAUCGGCCACGGAGAACCUGGUCUCGGCACAGAAACUGCUGGAGGGAGAGGAACUGGCAUUGGCCAAGGUGGCCGUGCUGCUCCUGUAUCACACCUCCAUGAGCUGCAAGAGCCCCAGGGAGUGGUAUGAGUUUGACUACAAGACUCAGGUUGAGCUGGCAUCGAUCCUCAAAUUUGUGCUGGACAAUGAGGAGAGCCUGAAUGAGAAUCUGGAGACGUUUCUGCAGAGGAAAGCACCGCCAUCCUCGUCCAGCGCAUCCAGCAGCAGCUCUGAGGAGCACUCCCCGCUGCUCUCCCUCCCGCACAAGCGAGAGGUGCGUUUCCUGGAACUGCAGAAGAUUGCCUCCUCCUCCUCUUCCUCCUCGUCCUCCUCCUCCGGCACCAACAACACGCUCUCUGGCUCUCCAUCCUCGCCCAUGGGGGAUGUCAUGCAGACCCCCCAGUUUCAGCUGCGACGGCUGAAGAAGCAGCUGGCUGUUGAGAGAGAGAACCGGGAUGAGCUGGAGGUGGAGCUGGCAGAGAAUCGCAAGCUCAUCACAGAGAAGGAGGCUCAGAUCACAAUGAUGCAGCAGCGGAUUGAUCGCUUGGCUCUGCUCAACGAGAAGCAAGCUGCAGACCAGCUGGAGCCCAAGGAAAUGGAGGAGCUGAGGGAGAAGAAUGAGAGCCUGAUGGUGCGCUUGCACGAGGCCCUCAAGCAGUGCCAGGACCUCAAGACUGAAAAAGGACAGAUGGACCGAAAAAUCAACCAGCUCUCCGAGGAGAACGGGGAUCUUUCCUUCAAGCUGCGGGAGAUUGCCAGCCACUUGGUCCAGCUGCAGGAAGCCCUGAACGAGCUCUCGGAGGAGCACAACGCAGCCCUGGCGCAGUCGCAGGAAAAGCAGGGACAGCUGGAGAGCGAGCUGCGUGCUGCCCUGCAGGAGAAGAAAUGCUCGGAAGAGAAGAUCGAGAUUCUCCAGGGGAAGAUUUCUCUGCUGGAGGACCAGCUGGCCAAGCUGGGGGACUGCAGUGCCCAGGAGAAGGGAGAGGUCAUGGGGGACAUCCUAAAGCUGGAAGAGCUGAAGCAGGAGGUAUCCAGCCUUGCCGCUAAAGGGGCCGAGCUCCAGGCCACCGUCCUGCGGCUGGAGGAGGAGAAGCAGCUGCGGGAGGCAGCCCUGCAGUCCGAACGCGGCCGCUUUGAAGAGGAGAAGCAACAGCUGGGCAGCCUCGUCGCUGGCCUCCAGAACUCUCUCUCUGAGAGCCACCGGGCCAGGGAGAGGCUGGAGCAGGAUCUGCGGGCACGAGAGGCUGGCGAGCCCCAGGGCACCCCGCUGCAGGGCCAGGGGGCCGAGGCAGAGGCAAGGAGUGAGGGGGAGGCCGGGCGGCUGGCUGCCCUCAGUGCCCAGCACGAGAAGACCCUGCAGGAGAGGGACUCUGCCCUGCAGCAGCUCCAGCACCUGCAGGAGGCCAACGCGUCCCUGAGCAGCCAGCUGCAGGCCAUGGCGCAGGCUCAGGAUGCCAGCCAGGAAGAGAAGGCUGAGCUGAGCCGCAAGGUCGGUGAGCUGGAAGCCAGGAUCCUCGAGCUCGGCGCCCAGCGGCAGCAGGGAGCAGCGGAGGGGCUGAAAGCCCAGCUGCGGGAGCUGGAGGGCAGGCUGAAGGAGAGCCAGCAGAGGCUGGCCGAGAGGGAGAGGCUGGCCCGGGAGAACACGCGCCUGCAGGAGCGGCUGCUCUUCUUGGAGGAAUCCCUGCGGAACACCGAGGGCAUCCUGGAGGACGAGAAGAGGCGGGCGGCCGAGAGCCUGGAGGGCAGCCUGGCCAGGAUCGCCGAGCUGGAGGCGGAGAGGCAGCAGCUGGCACAGGGCCGGGAACCAUCUCUGCAGGAGCGGGGCGAGGAGCCUACCAAGCGCCGGGUGCUGGAGGAGAGCCGGGAGAAGCCAACGGGAGCCUCGCCUGCUGCCAAAGCGGAAGAUGGAGAGCGCGGGCGGCUGGAGGAGGAGAUGCGGGCGCUGAGCCGGGAGCACGGCCGGACCUGCCAGCGGCUGCAGGCUGAGCAGGAGAAGGCAGCCGCUCUGGAGGCCCGGGCAGAGCGCCUGGCUGCCGAGCACCAGGAGAGGCUGGCUGUCCUCCAGGCCGACCUGUCCAGUGCCCGGGCGCGGGCGAAGGAGAAGGAGGGCGAGGAGCAGAAGCUGAGGGCCGAGGUCUCCUCCCUGCGGGAGAAGAUAGCCGUCACGGAGCAAGCCACAGCCCAGCGUGUGGCCGGGCUGGAGGCAGAUGCCCGGAGAGCUGCCGAGGCGCUGGAGGGGGUCUCCCAGCAGCUCUCCCAGGAGAAGCUCAAAUCCAAGGAGCUGGAAGCUGCCGUGGAGCGGCUGCGGAGCACGGAGGCAGAGCUGUCCCGGGUGGCUGCUGCCGGCAGGCAGCGGGAGCUGGAGCUGGAGGCGGAGGUGAAGAAACUGUCUGGAGAGUUGACCGUGCUGGGCACCAGGCUGGAGGAGAUGCUGCGGGAGCACCGUCGGGACCUGGCGCACCGGGAGGAGGAAGCCGAAUGCCUGCGGCAGGAGGUGGAACGGGCCAAGGCGGACUGCGCUGCUGAGCGAGCCCGCAAAGCAGAGCUGGAGGUGCAGCUGCAAAACUCCCUCAACGAGCAGAGGGUGGAGCGGUCGGUGCACCGGGAGGAGCUGGCCCGGUCCCGGGAGCUGAUGGAAGAGAAGGAGGGGGAGCUGGAUGAGCUCCGCCGGAAAAACGUCUUGCGGGGCGAGGAGUUGAGGGACCUGCAGAAGACGGUCAGCAAGCUGAAAGGAGAGCUCGCCUCGGCAGAGGCGGCCAAGGAGCGGGCGCCCAUGGCGGACAACGAGCUGCAGGGCUUCUCGGAGGCCACCCGGAGCAGGGAUGCGGAGGGGGACAGCGUCAAGGCCACCUGCUCAAAGGAGAUGUCCCUCAAAAGCUUGGAAGAGAAGACCCGUCACAGGGACCAGGAAUCCGGCUCGAGCCAAGACCUUUACCAGGAGAAGCUGAAGGAGACCCAGGCACUUCGUUUGCAAGUGGAGGAGCUGGAGCAGAAGUGCAGGGAGCAGCAGGAGGCUAUGGCCACCCUGGAGCGAGCGGCGGCCGAGGCGGCGAUAGCGGAGCAAGCGGAGCUGGAGGCCUUGAGGAGGGAAGCGGCCCAGCAGAAGGAGAAGGCGUCGGAGCUGCAAAAGUUGCUGGAGGCCUCGAGGUCGGCGCAGGCUCUGCACAACAGCACCGUGGAGGCCCUGCGGAAGGAGCUGCAGGAGAAGGGCAGGGAGCUGAUCCAGAGCAAAACUGCCAUCACCGCUGCCGAGAAGGAGCUGGCGUCCCUCCGCUCCGCGGCGCAGGAGAAGGGCCGGUCGGAGGAGAGCUGGAAGGAGCAAGUGUCCCAGUGCGUCCAGGAGAUGGAGAGGAAGAACAGCCUGAUCGGCAGCCUGGAGCACGAGGUCUCCAUCCUCCAUCGGCAGGUGACGGAGAAGGAGGGGGAGAGCAAAGAGCUGAAGCGCCUGAUCGUCGCCGAGUCGGAGAAGAGCAAGAAGCUGGAGGAGAGGCUGCGGGUGCUGCAGACGGAGAUGGCCACCGCCGCCUCCCGGGCGGCCGAGAGGUGCUCGCUCAUGAAGGUGGAGGUGCAGCGGUGCCAGGAGGAGAUGGAGAAGCAGCGGUUGGCCAUCGAGGCCCUGAAGAGGGACCGCCAUUGCCAGAGCGAGCGGGAGGACGAGCUGCGUCAGGAGGUGAAGGUCUGCCAAGACAAGUGCCUCCAGAAGGAGCAGCUCCUCGCCGCCUUGCAGCAGGAGCUCGGCAGUGCCCAGGCGCUCGCCGGGGAGCUGCCGGCGCUGAAACACCUUUGCCAGCAGCUUCAGGCCGAGCGUGCCUCCCUGGAGAGCCAGCACCGCCAGGACCUGGAGCAGAGGGCGAAAGCCCUGGCCGCUUUGCAAGCAGAGCUGGCGCGCGCCAAGCUGGAAGCGGCCGAGGUGCCCUCCCUGCGGGAGCGGUCGGCAGAGCAGGAUCGGGCCAUCCAGCGGCUGCAGGCGGAGACGGCGGAGCAGGCGGCGCGGCUGGCGGGGCUGCAGCAGGCCAACGCUCGGCUGGCCGAGGAGAACCGUGGGCUCGGCGAGAGCCGGAGCCGCGGGCAGCAGCGGCUCGAGGCAGAGCUCGGCCAGGCCGUGGAGCGGCACGCGCGGGAGCUGGAGCGGCUGCGGUCGGCGUCGGAGGAGCUGGUGGCCGGCAGUCGGCGGGAGGCGGAGGAGGCGGUGCGGAAGCUGGAGGCGAUGAGUAACGAGUACGAGAGCAGCAAGGCAGCGGCGCUGGAAGAGAGGAGGAAGCUGCUGGAGGAGAGGCAGAGGCUGACGGCUCAGGUGGAGCAGCUAGAAGUGUUUCGGAAAGAACAAGCUAAGCAGGUGGAGGAGCUGAAUAAAAAGCUGACCCAGCAUGAGAAGACCACCCGAACCCAGCAGCAGAGAGUUAAGGUGCUGGAAGGGGAGCUGCAGGCAGAGACCACCCGUCAGCAGGAGAAGGUGGCAGAGCUGCAGGCGCAGCUCGCCCAGAAGGAGCAGGCAGCCGAGCACUACAAGGGCCAGAUGGAGAAGGCAAAAACUUACUAUGACGCAAAGAAGCAGCAGAACCAGGACCUGACGGAGAAGCUGAAGGCCAUGGAGCAGCUGCAGAAGGAGAACACGGAGCUCCGGAACGAAUCGGAGAGGUUGGCCAAGGAGCUGCAGCAGAGCAUCCUGCAGGCCAAGGAGUCGGAGCUGAGCUGCAGGAACCUCACCAGCCAGGUCCGCAGCCUGGAGGCUCAGGUGGAGUUUGCCGAUCGGCAGCUACGGGAGCUCGGCAAGUUCCAGGUGGCAACGGACACGCUGAAGGGCCGGGAGACUUUCCGCCAGAACCCUGCCGAUCUCAGCGCCGACAGCCUCGACCUCAGCCUCGACGAAGCGCAGCCGCUCAACUCCACCAGGAAGCCUGGCCGCUCGCAGUCGGAGGCCUCGGCAGUGCCGCCAGGCAGCGAAGAGUCGCCGGUGUCCCGGCGGCUGCCGCGCAAGGUGGAGUCCCUGGAGAGCCUCUACUUCACCCCCAUCCCCAGCCGCACGCAGUCCCAGCUGGAGAGCAGCGCCGGCUCCCUGGGCGACCUCUCGCUUGACUCUGGGUGCAAGACCCGCUCGGCCCGGCGCCGCACCACCAUCAACAUCACCAUGACGAAAAAACAGGCCAAGACCGAGGAACCGGACAGUGCCAACGUCUCCUUCUGCAGCAUCCCAGCGGCACGGCCCCCGAACGCCACCCCCGGCAAAGGCCGGCUGCGCUCAGCCACCUCCACCCGCUCCCUCGCCAGCUUCCCCUCCCAGGACUCCCUUGUCAAGCUGGAAACCUCCUCCCCGCAGGAGACCCCCGGCAAUUCGGCGCUGCUGGGCCUCCCCGGCUACCGGCCGGUCACUCGCAGCUCCCUGAGACGCUUGCAGGGGGGGAGCAGCUCCAGCCUCGCCCUCCCUGCUUUGGGUUUAGGCCGGAGCAGCAUCUACCUGGGCACAUGCCAGGAUGAGCCGGAGCAGCUGGACGACUGGAACCGCAUUGCGGAGCUACAGCAGCGUAACCGAGCCUGCCCGCCUCACCUGAAGACCUGCUACCCCCUGGAGAGCAGGCCCUCAGACUCCCUGGGGACCAUCACGGACGAGGAGAUGAAGACAGGUGACCCGAAGGAGACGCUGCGGCGUGCCAGCAUGCAGCCCUCGCAGAUCGCCGCCGGCACGGCCGCCCGGCGCAACACCCUGGGCACAGUCUGGGCCGGCGGCAUCACCACCCGGCAGCAAAGGAAGCGCCUCUCGGAUGAGUCCCACCAGGGCCCCGACACCCCUGAGUCCAAGAAGCCGACCAGCUGCUUCCCGCGUCCGCAGACCCCCCGGGACCGCAGUGAGCGGCGCAGCUCCCAGGUCAGCCGGAGGAGCGAGCAGCAAGCCCCCAGCAAGCAGGCUGAGAGACGCCAGUCGAUGGCGUUCAGCAUCCUCAAUACCCCGAAGAAGCUGGGGAACAGCCUGCUACGCCGGGCAGCCGGCCGGAAAACCACCACCAAGAACUCGCCCCGCGGCAGUGCCCGCCGCUCGCCCCGCAUCGCCACCGCCAAGUCCCCCAAGGGCAAGGCCAGUCGCCGAUCGCUCAAGGACACGAAAUUCUGAGGUUCCCCCGUCCCCUGCUCUGCCCCCUCACCUCUCCCUAGCCCCCCCCCCAGUGCUGCAGGCACGUCCCCAGGGCCCAGCAGCACUGGGGGGGAAUAGAUGGGGCCACCUUCCCCUUGUGACACUGCCCUGCACGUCCCACCGAUGCCCCUGGGGCUCCCCCGAGUGUGGCAGGGCCCCAGCACCCUUCCUGCUGUACCCAGCAUCGCCCUGCUCCUGCACCCGUCUAGGACCUAGCCCAGGGCAGGGGGGAUGUGCAGGGGACGAGGCCAGGAGGGGGUUGUUCCCCUGGGGGCUGCCUGUGGGCUGGAAACACCCGUGGGUGCAGGCAGUGGAGUGCAGAGUGUGACCCCGAUAUUUGUGCACAGCACCAGCCCUUGCUGUAUGGUUGUGCCAGGCUGGGGCUGAGCCCUCCUCAGGGGGGAUCCUGCAGCCCCAGGGACCGGGACAGAGGCGGGAUGGAGCAUCCCCAGGGCCACCACACUCCUCCCUGUGUUUGGGAGCCCCUGCGGAUGGGGGGGCCAAGCCCCAGCAGGGCAGGGACUGACACCCACCCUACCUGCAGUCGCAGCCCCAGGCAGGAUCCCAGCUCCCCCCUGCCUGUUCCUGCCCUCAGCAGGGGUGGG